AUGGCUGAUACCAAACAUCAACAGGAACGUGUGAAAAUUUUAGUCAAGGACACGCUUAGUGUAAAGCUCCCUUACAGCAGUCAGAAGAAAAAUGUAGAAAAGAUUUGUGCCGAGGUCCUUAGAGACCAAAGGUGGAGUGAACUCCUCCAAAACUAUGAGAAUAACUGGCCCCUUUAUAGUGCAGUUAAAGUUGCGCUCAAGUCUGAACGUGAUAAAGCCGACAAAGCGUUGGCUUAG